AGAUGAAUCGAAUUAAACUUGUCUCCUUAUGGACUAUAGUGAGGGGGUAAUGGGAAUCAAAUCGGAUCAUAUUCAUAGGCAGUUUAUGAAAACCGGCUUUCCGUAGAAUAUUUCACGACCGGCUUUUAUUACCCGGAUGCCGUCCGAGUCCGGACGGCAACCGAUAAAGAGGACCCCCACUCUUUAUCGGAACGCGUUAAAUGUGUUUUAUAUCGAAAUGUUUGUGGUGCUAAUUUGUUGUAUUGUUGCUCCUGUGAGCCGCUGGCGGUUGUGUGUCGCUCUGAUGUCAUUGGGGGACGUCGGUCUUGCUGUCACAGUCACGGUGGCGUUCAAUAGGAGGAAAAGUUCAGCAAUCUCUAACGUAAGUAAGAACGAUCGGGUUUCAGCUCCUAAAAACAAACGACCAGGAGCUCCCUUUCUCACUCACCGUUUUUCCCAGACAAGUUCCACCAUAGAAGUCGGUCCGAAAGGUCCGGGACGGCCGUACGGCGAUACGGCGCGGUCCUUCCGAAGUAUGGAAGACCCUUCAAGCUAAAGAGCGCGACGACGUUGACGGCAGUAUUCGCAUGAAAGUUUGCAGAUGAGGAGGUGAGAGAUCUGGACUUUAAAACAAACAAACAAACAAACAAACAAAAACAUCGUUCAACUCAUUACAAAAGAAAUCUCGGACGGCUGGAGAUCACGUUAAUUAUUAUAAUUAAUAACACGCACGUCAGAAAGCGCUAACGGCUCGAUGAGCCCCCCGAGGAGUGAUCUGCAGAGCCUGGGAAAAGAUUUCAGCCAUCAAACCCCGGUCGAUUCUAACAGGUCCACUGGGGUGUCCAGCUUUGCGAUCUCAUUUUCCCCUAUUUUUCCCAGGGUCAUGCUGUUCCUUCCAUCUGCUCUUGCUGCUUCUUCUUUGCUGGCACCGAUGCCCAGUGCUGCAGUGUGGUGGUUUAAUUGUCAAUUAGGAAGGUGACAGACAGGACGGCUUAGCUCCAAGGAAAGGCUGUAAACGGGUUUUGCAGGGAUCUCAUUUGACAUGCACACAGUAUGUUCAGGGGUAAUUGGGGAUGUAUUAUUGAUGGCGUGCCAUGUCUGUCAUCAGGGUUUUAUCCUUACAGCAGAUGAAGAGAUGCUCGGCACUUGUUUCGAUUGCCGUCCCCCGGAUUCAUAGUAAUAAAGUGUUAAAAAUGAUUCAGUACCAGCCGGAGGUCCUAGGUUUAACUGUUUGGCUAUAUUAAAACAUCUGGAGAACCACUUUUCCAGAUUGCUCGAGUAUACCCGACAUCAUACGCAAGCCUGUACUUUGAUGCCUGAGCGAUGAUGAUGAUGAUUUUUACCGAGUACACUAAUAAACAUGUCAGCGUAUGAAGCCGAGGGGCGUGUUUACUGAGGCGUAGCUGCAGUCCAGGAGACCGGAGCCUGAGCAGGAAAUCCUGCUGGCUCUCUUAGAUGUGGGAGCUGUUGCCAUGGCUUUGGCUCCCUCAGGAGUGGAAGCAGAGCCUUGUGACAAAAUUACCCGACCCAUCCGACACCUGUGGCACAUCUCCAGAAGAGCCUUGCCGGAAAAGGUCCCCUCGGAUAAGGCGGCAGCGUUUUGUAGACCGAACGUUAGGGCUACGAACUCGUACAAGCACGGCGGAAGCCUACCGACGAUCCGGAUUGCUUUUAGGACGUUCUGUUUAUGAAGGUUUUUGUUUUUUAUUCAUCUUGUACCAUCCGUUCGGUCUGGGGUUGUGUCUGUCGUUUGGCUUUCUGACUCGAGUUGAACCCGGCGCAGCGAGGAACGGAGUCGUCUGCUGUAAUUCAAUUGCUGGCCUCCACAUUUACAGUUUGAUUGAUGUUUGUUGAGGGACACACGGGUAUUACUAUAGCAACUGAGAAAGAUCGGCUGUCAGUUCUUGAUGAGUUCCACGAUUGAUUCUUUCUCCUAGCGUGUCAUCACCAGCUAUUCAUGAAACAUAGCCGGUUUGUACGAGAACUGGUACUCUUGAGUAGAUAUUUCCUCUCUGGCUCGACUUUCGGCAGGAAACGUUUGUCCGUGCCGUAUCUGGACCGUUGGGUGCGGCUUAGUGGGCGUGCGGGAGCCUCUGAAGGAUCCCGGGGUCACGAGGACAUUGCACAGAUGAGACCACCAGAUACAGCCCAACACAGGAAGCCGCUUUCAUAAUUAAGGAAAUUGUUCAUAAACGCGCUCAUUCCCCCUUUGCCUUGGGCUAGAUUUGUGUUCGUCAGUGCAGCGCUCUGGAUUGUGGAUCAGAGCGCAUUCACUGGUGAUGAACUACAUCUUUGGUGGGAAUGCGUUGUACUCUAGGGGGAGUCGUGGCGGGAGCACCAGCUCAGCCCAUGGCAGCUCGGUGGGACCGAGACUUCGUCAGUGGUCCAUGCGGAGCUCCUGCGAGGAGCCCGCCGAGCCCAAUCCAUCUCGCUGGCGCCGCAUCCUCAACAUCCUGACUCGCCUCAAUGCCUUCACUAACUGCGUCAUAGCAAGAGUCAACCAGCAGACAGAUGCCACCCCUCCCUCCACUCCCAUAAUCCCCGUGAUCCCAAUCUCGCCUGUCCCUGCGGAGGCCGCCGUCAUCCCUUCACCGACGUCACAGGCGAAUCCUCCUCCCGUCGUGGUGAAUACGGAAAGCCUGGAUUCAGCCCCAUAUGUGAACGGCACAGAAGCGGACUAUGAGUACGAGGAGAUUACGUUGGAGAGGGCAAAUUCCGGGCUGGGCUUCAGCAUCGCAGGUGGCACAGAUAACCCUCACAUUGGAGAAGACCCCAGCAUCUUCAUCACCAAAGUGAUCCCAGGGGGCGCCGCUGCUCAGGACGGGAGACUUCGCGUGAACGACGUCAUCCUGCGCGUCAACGAGGUGGACGUUCGGGAUGUGACCCACAGCAAGGCGGUGGAGGCGCUGAAGGAGGCCGGAUCGCUGGUCAGGCUGUAUGUCAGGAGGAGGAAAUCCGUCUCGGAGAAAAUCGUCGAGAUCAAACUGGUUAAAGGACCUAAAGGUCUUGGUUUCAGUAUAGCAGGCGGCGUAGGCAAUCAGCACAUACCGGGAGACAAUAGCAUCUACGUCACCAAGAUCAUCGAAGGAGGCGCCGCACACAAAGACGGCAGGCUGCAGAUCGGAGACAAACUCCUGGCUGUGAACAGUGCGUGUCUGGAGGAGGUGACCCACGAGAAUGCCGUGACUGCCUUGAAAAACACUACAGACGUGGUGUACCUGAAAGUGGCUAAACCCAACAGUGUCUUCAUGAACGACAGUUUCGCCCCUCCUGACGUCACGAACUCUUAUUCCCAGCACAUGGAGAACCAUAUCAACACCCCCAACUACCUGAACCAGCCGCUCCCGCCGUCCUCCUCUGGACGCUUCUCACCUACACCCAAGAGCCCAAACGGGGACGACGAAAUGCCGAGAGAGCCGAGGAAAGUGGUGCUACACCGUGGCGCCACAGGACUGGGCUUUAACAUCGUAGGUGGAGAGGACGGAGAGGGAAUUUUCAUCUCCUUCAUUCUAGCAGGAGGUCCUGCCGACCUGAGCGGAGAGCUGAGGAAAGGAGAUCGCCUCGUCUCGGUGAACGGAGUGGACCUACGCAGCGCUACUCACGAACAGGCAGCGGCUGCUCUCAAAAACGCCGGUCAGACCGUCACCAUCAUCGCCCACUUCAGACCAGAGGAGUACAGCCGUUUCGAAGCAAAGAUCCAUGACCUGCGGGAACAGAUGAUGAACAGUAGUAUCAGCUCCGGGUCCGGUUCUCUGAGGACCAGCCAGAAGAGAUCACUAUACGUCAGAGCCCUGUUUGACUAUGAUAAAACCAAGGACUCCGGCCUGCCCAGUCAGGGCCUGAACUUUAAAUUUGGUGACAUCUUGCACGUGGUGAACGCCUCCGAUGAUGAGUGGUGGCAGGCGAGGCAGGUCACCGCCGAGGGCGAGGUCGAGGAGAUGGGAGUCAUCCCCAGCAAAAGAAGAGUGGAGAAAAAAGAGAGGGCACGGUUAAAAACAGUCAAGUUCAACUCUAAAUCGCGAGAGAAAGGGCAGUCCCUCAAUGACAAGCGUAAAAAGAACCUCUUUUCCCGCAAGUUCCCUUUCUACAGGAACAAGGAGGCGAGCGAGCAGGAAACGAGCGAUGUGGACCAGCAUGUGACCUCUAAUGCCAGUGAUAGUGAAAGUAGUUACCGUGGCCAAGAGGAAUAUGUACUAUCCUACGAGCCCGUGUGCCAGCAAGAAGUCAACUACACUCGUCCGGUGAUCAUCCUGGGGCCCAUGAAGGACCGAGUUAACGAUGAUCUGAUCUCCGAGUUCCCCGACAAAUUUGGCUCCUGCGUUCCUCAUACGACGCGGCCGAAGCGCGACUACGAAGUGGACGGCCGCGAUUACCAUUUCGUGGUGUCUCGAGAGCAGAUGGAGCGAGACAUCCAGGAGCACAAGUUCAUCGAGGCGGGCCAGUACAACAACCACCUCUACGGCACCAGCGUGCAGUCCGUACGCGAAGUGGCCGAAAAAGGUAAACACUGCAUACUAGACGUAUCCGGCAACGCCAUCAAGAGACUACAAGUUGCUCAGCUCUAUCCCAUUGCCAUCUUCAUCAAACCAAAAUCAGUGGAGAAUAUCAUGGAGAUGAACAGGAGGCUGACAGACGAGCAGGGCAGAAAAACGUACGACAGGGCCAUGAAGCUGGAGCAGGAGUUUACCGAGCACUUCACAGCCAUUGUCCAGGGAGACACAUUGGAAGAAAUCUACGAUCAAGUCAAGCAAAUUAUCGAGGAGCAGUCUGGACCAUACAUAUGGGUACUAUCCAAGGAGAAGCUAUGAAGCGCUGCAAAGCAAAUCUAUUCUAGCUUUUCUGUUUUAUUUAUUAUUCUUUUUUUUCCCCCCUCUGUAUUUUUUUUUUUUUUUUUUCCCCUGUUGACAAUUUAAUCCCUGAUCCCGAUUCAGUCCGGCCCCAAUCUCAGUUCACAGAGACACUUCGGUAGGUGUCCCACAGGGCUGGAUGCGUCGUCCCCUUUCCGAUCUCAACUGCUUCUGCUUUACACACACGGGGGGGGGGGGGGAGAGAGGCAGGGGCGGGGGUGCAGGUGCGGUCACACCAAACCUAACAUCCGUUAGCAGGACUUUGGAAACGGUACAAUUCCUUAAUGUUUAAGGGAGGAUACUUUUAGCAGAAGAAGAGAUACGCGGACUGAGCUGGAUCCUUUCUUUUCCUUUUUCCUCACUGUGUAUGAUGUUGAUACAGAGGUUAAAUCUCAGGCAUCGGAAUCAUAAUAUAGCAGAAAGAUAAUUACAAAAGCAAAACUUUGCACGUUAUAGCUUUAAGAGCAUGUCGUCUUUGACCUUCCGUUUUCUCAUUUAUUUUUUCUUCCUUUCCUCCAUACUUCCAUGUUUCACAUUUAUCAUAGUUUGGUUUUUUUUCGUUACACUUUCUGUUCAUCAAUAUCCGGGAGCUUGUCUGUUUUUUUUUUUUUUUUUUUUUUCCUUCCCGACCACAAUGCAUUUGUACAGGAACGAUUCACGUGCGGUCAUCAUUGUCAAAACUCCCCCCCCUUCCCCCUCCCCCACAGCGUCUUACAUACAGAACAUCGAUGUUACUUUGAUUUUUCCAUGUAAGGAACUGCCAUUUUAAGAGAUGUCCGUGUACAUCUGUGGCUUAAAAUGCCAGCGCGUAGCCGAAAGAAAAUUUAUUGUACAAUGAAAUCUUAACAGAUAUUUAACCCUCCAUGAACUGCCUAUUUUGUUAUAAUAAAAGUCUAUAGUGUACUUUACUUAAGCACUAGUACUGCAGGAGUUAUUUUCUUUACAACGCGAGACGUAAAAAGGAAAGAGGAAUUUUUCAAAGACUUAUAAUAUGGAUAUAUAUAUAUAUUUUUCCCUUUUUUUUUUUCUUUUCGUUGGCCUUCUUCAUUUUCUUACACUGACGCAGGAAGUGAGGUGCGUCACUGUGAAGAGCGAACUCUCUCACACUGUCUUUACCUCCGUCCGAGCUCUGUAAACGUCUGCGCGGUGUGGUAGAGCCGAGG